AAGAUGUUUAUUCCUAAUAGAUAGCGUGCAUAAUAAUCGUCAUUUUGUUUUUCUCUCAAGAACUCUAAAACUAUUUCUCUAGUUCAUGAUUAUGUUUAUUGUUGGUAUAGAUGUUAAAUUUCCAAUAUGGCUGCACCUACGUAUUAAUUUUAUUAUUAUGAUAUUUAAUUCGGCGAAACAAAAUUAUUGUAUUUUUAGACUAAUUCCAAUUACAAAAUAUAGAUUUAAAUGUUUUCGUUAUCAGUCACGAUAUUUUAUCUUCAAAACAGGUGUAACGAGCUAACGAAAUAUUGUUACGACAUUCAUAGGGUAUUAAGAAUUGAGAAAGCAUUUGGCAGCAUAAUCUUAUUUGACGCUAUUUCUGUGACGUAAAAAAUAUCAACUAAGAACUCCAUGACUAUGAGUAAAUUGAGACUGGGGUCAGAUUACAUUCCCCUCACUGAAGAAGACAUGUUGAAAGUUCGAGCGAUUAUUUCAUUUUCGAGAUUAGCAUGGGUCACUGUAUCUAUACCGUUGUUUGCAUUUAUUUUUUGCGUUAUUUGGUCGGUACUCUAUAAUUUCGAACAUGCCACUGCAACCCAUUGUAAGGUUUACAAUUUUCUUCCAUCAGUCUCUGCAACGAUCGGCCAUUAUAGACCUCAAAAGGAUAUUUGGAAAUUGGCAAUUGCUACGCAAGUUAUAACUAGAACAUUAGUUCUGAUUAUGUAUUACCGUUAUUAUAAAGAGCAUGUAUAUAAAUGGGCACGAUAUAUUAGUAACAUUGUUUUGGCCGCAUAUAUUGUUGAAAAUUUAUCUCUAGUAACUUUAAGUUUCUGGAGUUCUGACUCGAACUACGUAUUUCACAAAGUAUCUUUUAUAACAUUUUUAAUAAUGUCUUCUAUCUACAUGCCAUUAUCAUACUUUGUUAUGAAAAAUUGUUGUAACGUAAGCAGAGAUUUUUCUGAAACUACAUCUAUAAGGUGGAAAUGGAGGGCAAUGAUGUCAAAUGUACUGUCCAUAUUAUUAGCAUCUUACUUUUUUUAUAGGCAUAAUAAAUACUGUGAACCAUUAGUAUAUUCCAUGUUCGCUUUGAGUGAAUAUGUCGUUGUUCUCUCAAAUAUGAUGUUUCAUUCGACAGUUGCAUUGGACUUUCCAACAUCUAGAGUUUUAAUAUCAGGGAAUGGUAUUAGACUGAUCUAAAUUAUUAUAUAAAUCAUUUUGCAAUAUACAUUUAUAAUAUACAUUUUAGAUAUUUGAAAUAUUUUAUUUAACAUAUUCAUAUUUUUAACUCGAUUUUAGUAGUUUUUUAAUCAUAUGUACCUGGUAGUGGUUAAUAUGUUUAUUAUAUUAGCCAUGAUAUCAGUCAUGCGAAUCAAUCAAAAUGAUAAAUACUUAUGGAAAGUAUACGUCAUACGUGUGAUACCAAAACAUGCUGAUUUAUUACAAAUUUUUAGAAAAAGAUAUUUAUAUAUAAAUGUAUAUACAUACAAGAAAAUACAUAGAACAUAAACAGAUAUUUAUCGUCAAUUGCUGUUAUACAAAAAUUUUAAUACAAGAAUAUAAAAAUUUCAUUUUGUUUUUAUUUCUUUUCAAUAAAUUCUUUUAAAAACACAUGUAAUGCAUUAUAUGAUUGCUAUGAAGUAUCAAGUACUAACUAAUAUAUAGAAACGGUGUAACAAAAUAUAUUAUAAUCUUACGAUAUAUAUUUUGGACAGUGACAGAUUCUAUUAUGAAGUAUAAUUACUGUGUACAAGAGAAUGGAACUUUCCUCAUUGCUGAGAAAUUUCAUUAGAUCCUUCAAUUAUAUCACAGAAUAUUAAAACUUGAAAUCGUUUUCCAUUUUAUCAGCAAUGUAUUUUGCUAUGGCCAUACUACUCGUUGCAGCAGGCGAAGGAGCAUUACGACAAUGAAGAACUCUGCUUCCAAUACUGCCAUUUCCACUGUCAAAAACAAAGUCGUCUACUAAUUUGCCAUCAUUGUCUAAUGCUUGUGCCCUAACACCAGCUGGUCCUCUGAAACACAAUGAAGUUAUUCAAAAUAUUAGAAGAAUUACAUUUAAAAACAAAGAGAUAUAAGGUAUAAAGUACCUGAAGAGCAGCUUAUACAAUCCAGGAAACUUGGCCAUUUCUAUGCAGUCUCUUAUGUUGAUAUCUGUCCAUCUAAAUGCAUAAAAUGACAGAACUUCGAUGAGUAUCUUUGACUUUUACGAUUUUGUAAUGAACAUUUCUGCUGAUCCUUACUUGUAACCUUCUCUAGAUAGUGCCAAAAUAGCAUUUGGACCGAGCCAUAUUUCACCGUUUAUUCUAGGCGUAAAAUGUACGCCCAAGAACGGUAAUUUCGGAUUAGGUACCGGAUAUAUGUUCGUUGUACAUAAAUGUCUUUUAUUUUCAUUUAGAAGAAGGUAUUCGCCUCGGAAGGGAACUAUCCGUGGAUUACGAUCGCAUCCCGUCAUGACGGCUAAACGAUCCGAAUAUAAACCAGCGCAUGUUAAUACAUAUUUCGUUGAAAUAAACUGAAAUAAAUUACAGGAUAAUCAUCAGUAAGAAUUCGUAAAACUUCUGUCGGAUUAAAGGAGAAAUAAGUGCACCUUAUUUUUAGACUGAACGAUUAUAGGUGUCAAUAGUCCUUCAUUAUGCGAUUCCAACAUUUCAGAGAAUCCACUAACUUCGUAAUUAAGAAAUAUUUGACCGCCCAUUUUUUGAAAAUCUUCUGCAAAGUGAUAGCAAACCUCAGCCCAAUUCACAAUUCCCGUCCAUGGCGACCAAAUGGCCUUUAUACCCUGAAAACCAAAAUGUUUUUGUUUUUAUCGAUAUAGCGAAGUUUUCAUAUAUCGUUACAUUUCUUAAACAAUACUCGAUAUUUUUUAACGAACACUCGAUUUUAUAAUAGUAUUCUAUCAAAUAUUUACCUUACAUUUCGGUUCGUAAUUUGAAAUGCACUCUUUAUCGACUAAUUGAAGAUCAGGUACAUUAUUUUUCAAUCCUCGAUCGAACAGAACGUUUAUCAAAUUAGCCUGUUGUUCAUUCUGAGCUACUAUCAAUUUACCGAUCUUUUUAUGAGGUAUACCUUUCUUGCAUAAAUAGUCAUAGGACAGUUUCAAACCUUCGACGCACAGCUUCGCCUGCAAUCAUUGGCUACCGGAUCAAACAUUUCUUAAGGGAAUGUUGCUCAAUCGUUUGGAAUCGAUCGAGAUUAGGAUUGCUUAAAAAGCAACUAGAUCUUUCGAAAGUUAUCGUAAAUCAAAUUUCCUUCGUUAAAAGUAUCAUUUUUUUAUAUUACCUUCAUACUACCAGGCAUAUAAUAAAUGCCAGCAUGAAUGACGCCACUAUUGUGACCUGUUUGAUGUUUUGCUAAAGCAUUCUCUUUUUCUACGAUAGCUAUUUUCAAAUUAGGAUGUCUUAUUAACAUUUCACGUGCCGUAGCACAUCCCACGAUUCCACCUCCAACAACAACGAGAUCGUAUACGUUGCAAACAUCACUGCUACUAAAUAUAACAAUUAAUUUAUUUUACUUUAUUUUAUUUAUUUAUUUAUUUAAAUACAUUUAUUACAUUGGAAACAAAAAUUUCUCGAGAGAAGGAAAAGAGUGAGAGUGUUGAGAGAAAGAGAGAGAGAGAGAGAGAGAGAGAGAGAAAGUUUAAAACUAACCUUGACGUAUAGCGACGUAUCAGACAAUUUAAAUUCGACGAUAUCGUUGGUUUUAUCAAUAAACUUAAAAUGCUGCCCGUCA